GGGAUCCACAGGGCCGCCCCGCCCCUCCAGGGCAGAUCCGAACUGACUUUGGGAGGGCUCGGUUUCCCUGCCUCGACAACCUGAGGACUCUGCACCUGCUGCUGAAACCAUGUCUAGCAAUGGGACAGAUGCUCCUGCUGAAGCCCAGGCUGCUGUGGAAGAACCUGUCCCACAGCCCAGCGUGGUGGACCGCAUGGCCAGCCUGCCUCUCAUCAGCUCCACGUGUGAGAUGGUGAGCGCAGCAUACACCUCCACCAAGGACCGAUACCCCCAUGUGAGGACCGUGUGUGAUGUGGCUGAGAAAGGCGUCAAGACCCUCACUGCGGCUGCGGUCAGUGGGGCACAGCCCAUCUUGUCCAAGCUGGAGCCCCAGAUUGCUUCGGCCAGCGAGUACGCGCACCGAGGGCUGGACAGAUUGCAGGAGAGCCUGCCCAUCCUCCAACAGCCGACUGAGAAGGUUCUAGCAGACACUAAGGAACUGGUGUCAUCUACAGUAUCUGGAGCCAAAGAAAUAGUAUCCAGCUCAGUGACCAGUGCAAAGGACACAGUGGCCACCCGGGUAACCGGGGCAGUGGAUGUGACUCGGGGGGCUGUGCAGAGCACCAUGGACAUGACAAAGUCAGCAGUGACCAGCGGUGUCCAGUCGGUCCUGGGCUCCCGAGUGGGACAAAUGGUGAUUGGUGGAGUGGACUCAAUGCUGGUAAAAUCAGAGGCCUGGGCGGACAACCGCCUGCCCCUGACGGAUGCAGAGCUGGCCCUGAUUGCCACAUCCCCAGAGGGCUCAGACCUGGCCUCACUGCAGCAGCAGAGACAAGAAAGGAACUACUUCGUCCGGCUGGGCUCGCUGUCAGAACGGCUGCGCAACCACGCCUAUGAACAUUCACUGGGCAAGCUGCGCAGCGCUAGGCAGAAUGCCCAUGAGGCACUGCAGCAGCUCACGCAUGCACUCAGCCUGAUGGAAUCGGUGAAACAGGGCAUGGACCAGAGGCUGGGGGAGGGGCAGGAGAAGCUACACCACAUGUGGCUCAGCUGGAACCAGAAGAAGCCCCAAGAUGCAGAAAAGGAUGCAGCUAAACCAGAGCAGGUGGAGGCCCGGGCACUCAGCAUGUUGAGGGACAUCACCCAGCAGCUGCAAAGCACGUGUGUGGCCCUGGGGGCCAGCAUCCAGGGCCUGCCUGGCCACAUCAGGGAGCAGGCCCAGCAGGCCCGCAGCCAGGUUGAGGAUCUUCAGGCCACCUUCUCUGGCAUCCAUUCCUUCCAGGACCUCACAGCAGGUGUUCUUGCCCAGACUCGAGAGCGCAUAGCCAGAGCCCGGGAGGCCCUCGACCACACUGUGGAGUACGUGGCCCAGAACACUCCAGUCACAUGGCUGGUGGGCCCCUUUGCUCCUGGAAUCACUGAGAAACCCCUGGAAGAGGAGAAGCAGGGAUAGGGGUCAGGGCCCGCAGCUGGCUCCAGUCAGCUUUUCCCAAAAGUCCUGUUGCACACCAAGUCCUCACCUACCCUGAGUCUGAAGAAGUAUUUAACCUCUUCCCAUCAGUCUUU